AUGAGGCCGAUUUUGCUUGCGGGACAUGAACGAUCUCUGAACCAGAUCAAGUUCAACCGGGAUGGUGAUCUCCUGUUCUCGGUAGCUAAGGAUAAGAUUGUGUGCGCUUGGUGGUCGGCCAACGGCGAACGACUCGGUACCUACGCCGGACACCUGGGUGCUAUCUGGACCGUCGAUGUCAGCCCGAACACUGUUCUCCUCGCGACCGGCUCUGCAGACAACUCCGUACGACUAUGGAACGUGAAGACUGGCGAGUGUGUUAAGGUGUGGGAAUUCCCUACGGCGGUUAAGCGGGUCGAGUUCAGUCCGGACGGAAGCAAGGUUCUAGCCGUCACAGAAAAGCGUAUGGGUUUCCUGGGUACGAUUGCGGUCCUCGACAUCAACUACGACGGCGACUUCACGAACCAGGCCGAGGAGCCUAGCCUCCGAAUCACCUGCACAGACAGCAAGGCCACAGUCGCUGGGUGGAGUUACAUGGGCAAGUACAUUAUCGCUGGCCACGAAGAUGGAAGCGUUAGCCAAUACGAUGGAAAGACCGGUGAGCAGCUGGAGAACGUCCAGGCCCACGAGUUCGACCACCAGAUCAACGACCUUCAAUUCUCCCCCGACCGCACCCACUUUCUUACUGCCUCCAAGGACAAGUCCGCCAAGCUCAUGUCCGCCCGCAACCUCGCCAUCCUUAAGACCUACGUCGCCGACACACCACUGAACAGCGCCGCCAUCACGCCCAAGAAGGACUACGUUAUUCUCGGUGGUGGUCAGGCCGCCAUGGAUGUCACGACAACCUCCGCCCGCCAGGGUAAAUUCGAGGCCCGUUUCUACCACAAGGUCUUCGAGGACGAGAUCGGCCGUGUCAAGGGUCACUUCGGUCCUCUGAAUACCAUUCACGUCCACCCCGCCGGCACAGCGUACGCUUCCGGUGGUGAGGACGGUUACGUCCGUGUUCACCACUUCGACAAGCCCUACUUUGACUUCAUGUACGAGGUCGAGCGGGAGCAGUUGAGGCGGUGA